AUGGCGAUGCUUGUCACAUCCGUCCCGGCUUUCACAGCAGCUGCCGGUCAAGCGCAUUUUGACACUGUUGCAGAGGACAAGGCUGGUGACAAGUUUCGUGAACUCUUUGACGAGCAGCAGGCCAUGGUCAAGACUGUGCGGAACACGGACUGGCUGGAGCUUAUCCUUAAGCUCCGGGGCGGCAACUUCCGGACUUCUGCUUCCUUGCCACCUCCUGGAGGCGUGGGCAUGCGACUCUUUGGGGAGAAGU